UUGUCAGAUGGAUUUGCGCCGGGAAAGUAUUUAAGUGCGACGGAAAACCCUCUAAUACUUCACUCAAACAUCCGCUUCCGCUCUCAAACUCAUCACUGACAGCUCGAAAGACGCAAAAUGGUCUCUACUCCCUCCCUAUCGGCGCUAUUCAAGCCGGCGCAAGUUGGGAAGAUGUCCCUAAAACAUCGCGUUGCGCUGGCUCCCCUCACGCGUAUGCGUGUCAACGCAGCACAUGUCCCUCAUCCCAUUGUCAUCGAACAUUAUGUUCAAAGAGGAAGUAUCCCCGGAACGUUGCUCAUAACUGAGGCGACGCUGAUUUCGCAUCAGGCUGGAGGCUACGCUCAUGUUCCUGGCAUCUGGAACGAGGAACAGAUUGCCAAGUGGAAGGAGGUCGCUGACGCCGUCCAUGCCAAAGGCUCUUAUAUCUAUCUUCAACUUUGGGCAAUAGGACGUCCCUCUGUUCCAGGAAAGCCAGGCAUGGAGUCCGACUUCCCCUACGACCAUGUCUCCGCGUCAAACAUUGCCAUGAGUCCCGAGGAUCCCCAGAAGCCAAGGCCCCUUACUAUCUCUGAGAUCAAACAAUACAUAGAAUGGUUCGCGGCAGGUGCAAAAAAUGCUGUUGAGCGUGCAGGAUUUGACGGAGUGGAGGUUCAUGGUGCCAAUGGGUAUCUGGUUGACCAGUUUCUGCAGGAUGUAAGUAAUGACAGGAAAGAUGAAUAUGGAGGAAGCAUAGAAAACCGGGCGAGGUUUGGAUUGGAGGUGAUGGACGCGAUAGUGAAGGCCGUUGGUCCAGAAAGGGCUGCAAUAAGGCUCAGUCCCUGGAGCACGUUCCAAGGAAUGCGAAUGAAGGACCCUAAACCAACGUUCCGAUACUUCGUUGAACAACUCAAGAAAGCCCAUCCCGCCCUUUCUUAUAUCCACGUUGUCGAGCCUCGUAUAGAUGGUUUCGAAAUUCGAACAGACCUGCCUGAGUGGGAGAACAACGAUUUCAUUCGUGAGGUCUGGACUCAGGAAGGGAAUUCGAGGUGGCUGAUCAGUGCCGGAGGUGCUACCCGGGAGAAUGCCAUUCAGUCGGCAGAUGAGAAAGGUGAUAUCGUUGCUUUCGGGAGACCAUUCAUAGCGAAUCCCGAUCUUCCCUACCGUUUAGAACACAACAUACCGCUCAAUGCAUAUGACAGGAACACGUUCUAUGUCCCUGACGGUAAUACGCCAGAGGGAUACACGGAUUAUCCUUUUGCCCCUAAGAAGGAAUAGAUAUACCUUACUGCUGUGGAUUAGGACGACUACCGUUUACUGUUAAUUGCAUAAGAAACACUACUCUCAGCUUGGUCUUGCAUCCUUGAAGGGUCUGCAAGCUCUUAUAGUAGCUUCUGUAUAGUCAUCAUAGAGGGGAAUGGCCAGGCAAACAAUGCAUUGUACAAAUAUUCCAGGUUGUACGGGUCUCCAAAGUCACCGUUUUCUAGAUCCUUUCGGGGCGAAUGCAAUCGAAACAUACUCAAAAAAUUGAACCGUGUCUUACUAAAGCACUCAACUAGAGACUGCGCCUCAAUGCGCCUCUACAUGAUAUUACUUCUCCUCACCUGUCACAAUACAUAAAUAAGUAUCAUCCCAAGUUCAAGAGUGCGGGCUGUCUUGAUGAUUCAAAAAUUGGCUGGUAUACAUACUAUUCAUCCUUAAUUCAUGUCGAAUGAAGUGCCAGUGUUG